AACUGGCUCCCGGUGAGGCAGCAGAUGCCUCUGAAAAGACAGCUUCCCUUCAUAGAGACCAGAAUUUUUCAGCAGUAUUUUCCCUUCGGUGAAAACAUAGUUGGACUUGGGAAAGGGCCCAGGGGAAAAGGCUGAAGCCACAGCUGUGGCUGUGUGAGCUUGAGUUGGUAGACAUGCCCUCGUUUGCCUCAGUCUGUCUCUCCUGUUUGUUCUGUUUUUAGCCAUGAAGGACGAGGAGGAUGUGUGCCCAGAGGCUGGCUUCUGUCUGGGCGCUGCCCUGCGCUCCUGGGCACUGCAGUUCAUGGAGGAGCGUUCCUGGUCCACCAUGCUGACUGGGGCUGUGAUUGGAGCCCUCCUGGCACUGGCCUUCACGGGCAUAGUCAUCUUUUUGGUGUAUAGAAGGGUCCAGCGAUUUCGACAAGUGCAGCCCAUUCCUCAGUACGGGUUCUGGAAGAGAGACAAAGUGAUGUUUUACGGCCGGAAGAUCAUGAGGAAGGUGACCGUGCUCCCCAACACGCCUGCUGGGAACAUAGCUGCACCCCGGCAGCGGGCCAGGAAGAGGACCAAUAUGUCUCUGCUUCAUAGGAUUCUACGCUUCAAGAGGGAAUACCCCACCCUGCAGCCAAAGGAGCCCCCGCCCUCCCUGCUGGAGGCUGAUCUCACAGAGUUUGAUGUGAAGAAUUCUAACCUGCCAUCAGAAGUUGAAAAAUGUUCGGUGAUGGCUGCAAAGCCUGUCUUGCAUCUGCCAAGAGACUGCUGGUCUCCAUGCCCCAUGGUGGUUGGAAUGCUCAGCGGGUGUCACGAGGAUGCCUCGGGCAACGGAGCCUGCUCAAGGGUCUUGGGCCACUUUGAGAAGCCACUGUUCCUGGAGCUUUGCAAACACAUGGUCUUUGUGCAGCUGCAGGAGGGAGAACACAUCUUCCAGCCAGGGGAGCUGGACACCAGCAUCUACGUGGUGCAGGAUGGGCGGCUGGAGGUCUGCGUCCAGGACACGGAUGGCACUGAGGUGGUGGUCAAAGAAGUUUUGGCGGGAGACAGUGUCCACAGCCUCCUCAGCAUCCUGGAUGUCAUCACUGUGAGUCCUCUGAGUGUCCCUGGGUCAGCCCUGGAGGCUCAUUCUUCCUGUCUUGCCUGGACAGCAGAUCCCUUAUCAUUAAAGGCCAGCUCUACACAGUGUAGCAAGGGAGUUGGUCUAGGACAGGAGGGAUGUGCUCGAAGCUGUUUUGGGGACUGGGACAGAGAUGUGGAUGGGACCUGGUGUCUUGCUGUGUCCCCGAGACCUGCUCCACAAACCUCUGUAGAUGCACCUCACAGACAUCCUGUGGAACCAGAGAGGCCAGGCACAAAAAGAGCACACGCACAUGGAGGCAGCUGCUCAGCAGCCUCUGGGCCCCUGCUGAAGAGGAGCCACUCCUUCCCUCCGCCUUCCAUGCACAGAGAGGCCUCGGACAAGCUUGGGAAGUCCCAGGCAGUUGACCCUGACUCUUCGGCCCCACAAGACAUGCAGGGGCCUCUGCCGACCCCUCUGGGUGCUUCGGGCAGACACCUAGCACCUGCGUGUGCAGCCGCAGCUGGGCUGCUGGGCCCCUGGGCCCGAGGCGGUGUGCAGCCACGACCCCACCGCAAACUUGCUUGCUGGGCGUCACUCCUAAUCUUGCUGUUCGUCAUUGGCGGGGUCCUGGGUGCACCCGCUGCACUCUUCCACACGGAGGCUGCUCGCCUGCAGUCCCUGCUGCAGCGUGGGCGGCAUGUGUGCGGAGGGGACUCACCUCUGCUCACUCUGUGCAGUGAGAACGGGCCCAGCGCCACCAGGGAGCAGUCUUUAUUUCUCUUGCUUUUUUGGCACCGUCUUCUUUCGCCUGGGAGACACUGCGUCGUGGUUUUCCGUGCACUGGUACCAGUUAUGCUCCACCGGCCUGGGGGCCCAGCAUGUGCCAAUUCAGACCUGGGGAUGGCGUGUGACCGUGCCAGGGUCUUCCUGCAGCCAGAUGAGUACCCCAGGCACCCUGCGGCCAGCAAGUCCAAGAGAAACGUGGUUGUUGAAGAGGUCCCCUCUAUGGUCUUCCACUACUCAGAGAGCCACUUGGAUAAGACUGUCACCAGCAGGAAGACAGACGCCAUCUUCAGAUCCGCCAAGAAGGACCUGCUCACCCUGAUGAAGCUGGACGACCCGUCCCUGCUGGAUGGCCGAGUGGUGCUUCUCCAUGUCCCCGCAGGCACUGUGGUGUCAAGACAGGGAGACCAGGGCGUCAGCAUCCUCUUCGUGGCCUCGGGGCUGCUGCAUGUGUACCAGCGGAAGAUCGACAGCCAGGAGGAUACCUGCCUGUUCGUCACACACCCUGGGGAGGUGGUGGGCCAGCUGGCGGUGCUCACGGGCGAGUCCCUUGUCUUCAUCAUCAAGGCCAACAGAGACUGCCGCUUCCUGUCCAUCUCCAAAGCCCACUUCUACGAAAUCAUGCAGAAGCAGCCUACUGUUGUCCUGGGUGUCGCGCACACCGUGGUGCAGAGGAUGUCCUCCUUUGUGCGGCAGAUUGACUUUGCUCUGGACUGGGUGGAGGUGGAGGCCGGACAUGCAAUAUACAGGCAGGGGGACAAGUCCGACUGCACAUACAUCGUCCUCAGCGGCCGGCUGCGCUCUGUGGUCCGGAAGAGCGAUGGGAAGAAGCGCCUGGCGGGGGAGUGUGGCUGCGGAGACCUCAUUGGCGUGGUGGAAACGCUGACCCACCAGGCCAGGGCAACCACAGUGCACGCUAUUCGGGACUCAGAACUGGCCAAGCUGCCGGCCGGAGCCCUGACGGCCAUCAAGCGCAGGUAUCCGCAGGUGGUGACUCGCUUGAUCCAUCUCUUGGGUGAGAAGAUCCUGGGCAGCCUCCAACAGGGACCUGUGACAGGUCACCCGUUUGGGCUGCAUGCGGAGGGCAGCAAGUGAGACAUAGGGAACCCAGCCGGCAACCUGUCCACGGUGGCGGCGAUGCCAGUGUCCGAGGACGUGCCCCUCACUGCCUUCACCCUGGAGCUCGAGCACGCCCUCAGUGCCAUUGGCCCAGUCCUGCUGCUGACCAGUGACAAUGUCAAGCAGCGCCUGGGCUUUGCUGCUCUGGACAGCGUCCACGAGUACUGGCUCUGCAGCUGGCUGGGGCAGCAGGAGGACAUCCACUGGAUCGUGCUCUACCAGGCGGACAGCACGUUCCCGCCCUGGACCCAGCACUGCGUCCGGCAGGCCGACUGCGUCCUCAUUGUCGGCCUGGGCGAGCAGGAGCCUGUGGUGGGCGAGCUGGAGCAGAUGCUGGAGAACACAGCCGUGCGCGCCCAGAAGCAGCUGGUCCUGCUGCACAGGGAGGAGGGGCCCGCACCGUCCCGCACCGUGGAGUGGCUUAACAUGAGGAGCUGGUGCUCCGGCCACCCGCAUCUCCGCUGCCCAUGCCGUGUCUUCUCCAGAAGGAUCUUGCCCAAGCUGGUGGAGAUGUACACGCGUGUCUUCCAGCGGCCCCCGGACCGGCACUUGGACUUCUCCCGCCUGGCGCGGGUGCUGAAGGGCAAUGCCAUCGCCUUGGUGCUCGGGGGAGGGGGAGCCAGAGGCUGCGCCCAGGUGGGCGUCCUCAGGGCCCUGACAGAGUGCGGCAUCCCUGUGGACAUGGUCGGAGGGACGUCCGUUGGGGCCUUCAUGGGUGCCCUGUACUCUGAGGAGAGGAGCUACAGCCAGAUGCGGAUCCGGGCCAAGCAGUGGGCCGAGGACAUGACAUCGAUGGCAAAAGCCAUGCUGGACCUGACCUACCCCAUCACAUCCGUGUUCUCCGGAGCCGGCUUCAACAGCAGCAUCUUCAGUGUCUUCAAGGACCGGCAGAUCGAGUUGCACCCCCUGGCUCCAGCAGGGGCCCCCUUCAGCAGCCCACAGCCGGCCGCGCCUGGCCUGAGUCUCGACACUCAGCUCCCCACGGACCUGUGGCUCCCCUACUUUGCCAUCACAACCGACAUCACAGCCUCUGCCAUGAGGGUCCACACAGACGGCUCUCUGGGGAGGUACGUGCAUGCCAGCAUGUCCCUGUUGGACUACAUGCCCCCCUUCUGCGACCCCAAAGAUGGACACCUGCUGAUGGACGGGGGCUACAUCAACAACCUGCCAGCGGAUGUAGCCAGGUCCAUGGGGGCAAAGGUGGUGAUCGCCAUUGACGUGGGCAGCCGGGACGAGACGGACCUCACCAACUAUGGAGAUGCACUGUCUGGGUGGUGGCUUCUGUGGAAACGCUGGAACCCCUUGGCCAAGAAAGUCAAGGUGCUGAACAUGGCGGAAAUUCAGACGUGCCUGGCCUACGUGUGCUGCGUGCGGCAGCUAGAGGCGGUGAAGAGCAGCGAGUACUGCGAGUACCUGCGUCCCCCCAUCGAUGGCUACGGCACCCUGGACUUUGGCAAGUUCAGCAAGAUCUGCGAAGUGGGGUACCAGCAUGGACACACAGUGUUUGACAUCUGGGGUCGGAGUGGCGUGCUGGAGAAGAUGCUGCAGGACCGGCAGGGGACGAGCAAGAUGAAGGCCCAAGCUUUCCUCACCUGCCCCAACGCCUCCUUUACGGACCUGGCCAAAAUUGUAUCUCGCAUCGAGCCCACCAAGGCUGCCAUGGUGGAUGAUGAAUCUGACUACCAGACUGAGUACGAGGAGGAGCUCCUUGGUGUUCCCAAGGAUGACACGUACGCCGACUUCCAGAGCACCCUGGCCAAGCUGGGCUCUGGCUUGGAGGACCAGCCCUUGCUCCAACAACAACACCCCAGCCUGGCUUUCCCAAAACCGUCCCAGGACUCCUCAUGCCCCUGGCUCUCUGGUCAAGAUGGAUAGUGGCUUCUGCUCUGAUGCCCCCAGACCCAGCAUCAUCUGUGGGCCUGUCCCCGAGACUGUGGCUCCUGCCAACU